AUGCACCGUCGUCUCUUGGCCACUUGCCCUCUUCAGAGAAACCUCCAAGCUCGAGAGGAUGCGCCUUUACCUCUUCUGCAACGACCUCCCGGUGUCCGGGAGCGACCGACGACUGAACGCAAGACAUGGGCCCAGACGCGAGACGAGCUGAUGGACCAGGAGAAGAGGAUGGAAAAGAGGCGACAUCUAGUCAAGGAGGCGACGAAGGGUUACUUUACGGACCUGAAUGCCACGCGACGCCAUGGUGGCAAGACGUGGAUCGCACCAAAAGUCAUGAUUCGAGAGGAUAAAGCCUUGUACUUUCCGGAUAUCUCUGGCACCACACUGAGCUCGAAAGCAGAGGUGCACACGACCAGUCUCUGUACUGGCAAGGUGUCUGUCAUUGCGAUGCUGUCUACCAGAGUUUCCGAGUUUCAAACGGCUAAUUUCACGAAGCCGACGCACGGAGAGUUCGCUUCGCACCCAUCGUACCAAUAUAUCCAGAUAAACCUACAGGAGAACUUACUAAAGUCACUCCUCGUAUCUCUCUUCACGGCCGGUAUACGCCGCAGUAUACCGAACGAGCUCUGGGACACCUAUCUCGUCAGUAGCCAAAAUAUGGACUAUCUUCGCGACGAUUUAGGCAUGACAAACCGUCAUGUUGGUUACGUCUAUCUCGUCGACGAGCAGUGUAGAGUGCGAUGGGCAGGCUGUGCGGACCCGAUGCCUGAGGAAGUGGAGGCCCUUCGGGUGUGCACGAGUGUUCUACUUAAUAGACAUUCAAAGAGUGUGAAGCAGCCGCAGCCUUAG